AUGUCCGACUCCGUGUUGCCACUGUCGGACAACCGCAGUCCCUUCCAUGUGAAUGUGCCUGCCCAUGACUCCAAGCCGGUUCUGGAGUUGGUGGCAUACUUCAAGCUCUGGAAACACUUCAUUGCCGCGUUGGUUGCGUAUUUGAAGGACUUGGUCAUGGCCAAGGAGUUUGAGCUGAACUUAAAUUUGCAACUUGUGGGCUCCGUACAGUUCCCGGGGGCAAAGGAUUUGGCCUUCAAGUGCCUCCAAUCGGUGGAGAAACUGAGCCCUCAGAGUCUGGUGAGCUCCACGCCUAAGGGUGAACACAACAAGACGUUGGCGCCAGUAUCUUCAAAUGUGUCGGUAAUGUCUGAUGGCAAACGUCCAGGUUUGGCCAAGACGAAGUCUGCUACCAGCUUCUUGAAGAACCAGACUUUCGCCCAUAAACGUACAGGGUCCAACUUAAGUUUGAAGUCGGAAUCUUCUACUCAUUCCUCGGCUACGUCGAAUUCCCAUAAGAAUCACUCGCUGAACCACUCGCAUGGCGGCCAGCACUCGCUGUCUACUCAAUACAAUGGUCCAACACCCAUCAACCCAAUUAAGUUUGCUCCCAAGUCAGAUGUCGCCAUAGAGCCAUCAACAUUCCCCCAAAAGUCUUUGUUCACCAAUAUGCCUCAAAUGCUUAUUAACCACCACAUGAAUAUCUAUGCUGCCCAAGCAAAAAUGUGCCGUGAGCUUUCAAAUAAGCUCAUUCCUCGCCUUGAAAGUUUGCACAAGAAUUUAGCCAUUAAGAUUAAGGAGAUUAGAUCGCUGUUGAAAAACGACUCGUUCGCUAACCCAACUUUGAUCAAGGAGGUCAGCAAGACUGGUGCUAUCAUUAGCACGUUUGCCGAGUCUGUGAAAAGGUACCUGGGUCCUCGUCCGGUUCUCAAGGCAGAUACUGAUGUUGAGGAUGACGAAGCAUCGAUGGGUGACCCAUUCCUCAUCAAACUAAGACUAGAUGCGCAACUCAAAAGUCAAUUGGUUCACGAGAACUUUAUCUUUGCCUCGUACGUAAAUCUUCAGAAUAUUUCUCGCGAUUUACUUAACUAUGUGGUGAAGGAUUUGAACGGAAUUACAGAGAAGCUCAUUCGUUUGGUCAAUGCGGAAUCCGUUUACGCAUGCUCCUCAGACCAGGCAAUCUACAAUUUAGGACUCACUUUGCGGGACAAAUUGAACAAUGUGGAUUAUGAGUGGAAUAACUUCAUCGCCAACAACCCAAACUUUUUGAACGUCUACGAGUCAACUGCAAGGUCGCCAAAGCGGGAAAUAAGAAGCUUCAGGGAUGUUAUUGUGCCCUAUGCAAAUUCGUUACACAGUAAAUGCUUGAGAUGUGGGUAUAUGUACAAGAAGCAAAAGGUGCUCAAGUCAUAUACAAGCUUCUUCUAUUUGUUAACUUGCAACUACUUGCAUGAGUUUAAGAUCGACAAUGUCGGUUCAGCAGAAGACCAUAAGAUUUCUCCAAAUCACAAGAAGAAACAGAAGGGUAAAGUUGGUGGAGUGGUUGGACCCGAUGACACUCCAUCCAAAUCGUACAACUUGAAUAACUACAGCAUCACCACCAAGAGUGAGAGUGACUUCAAGUUUGUGUUGACCAAGAUUUCCAAUCCUUCGCAUAAGUUCACCUUCAAAUGUCAGAACGCUAAAGAUUUUGAAGCAUGGUCUAGUGAGUUAAACGAUUUGCUCAAGUUCUCCAACAACCACAUGAAGAGAUUCCAGUUUAUCGAGGAGAAUUUGGCUAUGAGAGAACAAUCAAAGACGCCAAGCGAGCCUUCAAGUUCUGGAACCGCAACACCAAAGAGGGACUUGAACUUGAAUCUUAAUAACUUGUUAUCAAAUAAGGCGUCGCUCCAAAAGAUAAUGUCUCCCACUCUUUCUGGAAUUUUCACUCCGAAGGUCCAAUCGCCUGAAGAAAAUGACGGAUCGGCACCAAAGAAUCCUUUUGAGCAUACUUUCUCAGAUCUUCCUCAGAGUGGCCACAAUGCUGCUGUACUGCCAGUGGAGUCGCCAGGCGCUAUGUCUCCACUUUCAAGAAGCGUUCUGCCAAACUCCACUCCGGGUACGCCAAGCGAGCACGUACAGGAGCACGAAAACUAUUUGCGACUUCAAAACGAGAUUUUGAAACAGCAGCAACAAUUGAUCGACUUGAGCGUGAGCCAGUCCUUGGGCAGGCCAUCGCUCUCGCGUAAUUCAUCUUCAGAAUCUGUAGUGUCGGUAUUGGAACAGACAAACGCCGGAUUAUCGAAGUUUCUUGAUAAGAAUAAGGACCUCAUGGAACACAAAGACAACCACAUGGCAGUUGAACUGACAUCGUCCUUGACAAUUCCUACAGUCACAGUGCUGAACAUAGAAGCGGAAUAA